GGGAGCUGCGUGGGAGGUACCGCGUGGCGGCAGGGUGCGAAGCGCGAUGUCGCCGCGUAAGGGCUUGCAGAGCCCCUACUGCAUCUUCGUGCGCGAACAGCUGCCUGAGCUGCGGCGGCGCGGGCUGCCCGUGGCCUCCGUGGUCGAUGCCAUCCCCUACUGCUCCCAGGCGUGGGCGUUGCUGCCUGAGGAAGAAAAGAUGGCUUAUGCAGAGAAGGCUCGUAAAUGGAAGGAAAAGAAACGCAGUCAGGAAACAGCGAAAGAGACGUGUAAUCUGGCUCAUCCGGUUCCUGCAUGUCUGACAGCAGAGAUCCCCAGUGAUACUUCUUUUCCAGAUGCCUCUGCUAUGUCUUGGGAGAAUGAUCAGGCUGUGAUCGCAGACAUCUUCUACUUUCUGAACAUUUACAGCCAUGGCAAGCUGCCACCUGUCUGUGAACAACGCUUCCUUCCUUGUGAAAUUGGGUGUGUCAAGUACUCCCUACAGGAUGGCAUAAUGGCUGACUUCCAUCACUUCAUAGAUCCAGAAGUACCACCACGAGGUUUUUGGUACCACUGCCAGUCUGCUGGUUAUACCACUCAUAAGAUCCCUUUAUCUGGAUUUCAUCUUCCACGUACGUGUUACGCAGUGGUCUUACGGGAGCUUCUCGAGUUUGUCCAGCCAGCCAGAGAUGUUCGGCCUCGCUUCUACUGCAGGUCUAAUGACAGAUUCCGAAUUAUGUGGUGUCUCAAACGAAUGUCUAGCCUAACAGGCAUCGAGAGCCAUCUUGAGCUUCUUGCUGUAGAAGACCUGGUAACAGAACUGUACCAGAAGAAAUACCAAAAGGAGCUAUCCAAGACUUUGGUGUGGAGAGAACUGGAUGCCUUCCUGUGGGAUUUCUCCAGUAAUACCAGGUGCAAGUGGCAUGAAGAGAAUGACAUAGUGUACUGUGCUUUGGCAUCGUGUAAGAAAAUGGCUUACUGCAUCAGUAAAUCUUUAGCAAGUGUGUAUGGAGUCCCACUGACAGCAGCUCACCUCCCUCUUCAAGACUCUGAUUAUGAUGGAAACGUGUAUACCAGGAUGGUGGUACUGGAUACUGGACAUCUUCAGAAGAUGAAGCCUGAGGGUUCUGGAUGUGACAGGCGUUUCACUUCUCCAAGUCAGGAUGAAGAGCUUGUCUGCUCUAAUUGUGAUUCUCCACGUGGUGUGAGGACUUCCCUCAAAACAAGUACCAUGCAAGGAAGAGGAAUUAUUCAGUUGCUGCUGAAAAGUGGAUCUGCUCUAUCAGAGUCUUUCAUUCAAGCUUUUGUUAGAAUGAUAAAACUGUUGACUGGAUUUAAAGACGACAAAAAUCUUGUUUAUUAUCUACAGGAAGACUUAUUUUGA